GCUGUUGCUCGCCGAACGAAAGACCAGCGAUUCCAGCAGUGCAACUCUCGUCAGAACUUGCUGAAGCGGCGUCCAGUGCGGGCCGCAGCUCUUUUCACUCUCUGCUCUUCUCCGUUCAUCAUCCUUUCCUAUCUCUAUCUCUCUCCUCAUCUCCGUUUCACAACAUCACACACACACACAUACUCUCAAGUGCUCAGCAUUGCCGUACCCAAUCGGACUGUGUCGGUUCUUUCGGUGAUUUGUGAUUUGUGAAAAGAAGAAGAAGAAAAAAUUCAUUGUGUCAACUUUGACCCGAACGCGAUUUAUAGUGUGACAUCAUCAUCCAUCCACACAUCUUUCGUCAUCAAGUGCAUUUUGAUCCGAUUGAUCCGUUGCGACGCGAUUACGUGAAUACGCAGUUUUUGAAUUGUUGUGUUUAUUCUUCAUCCAACCGAAUUUGUUUUUCGUUGUGAGUCGAUUCACGAAAUUCAAGCGAAUCAGUUCCGUCGGGGGAAUUGAUCCCGUCGUGAAAACUUGAAAAUUGUCAUUUUAUCGAAAUCCAUCAGCGCAGCCCCGCCAAACAUUUCCACAAUGUUGACCGACGUACCGGGAAUGUUGACCCGUGCCGGCUUGUACCCUCACAGCCAGCCGACGGCUGCCGUCAUCCACGACAAAUCGGCACAAGAGGCUCAGGCAGCGGCGGCUGCAGCGGCGGCGGCGGCGGCGGCGGCCGGUCUGACUGCCGGCGUCCACGGUCUUCUCCACUCCAAAUCGAGGCUGUGGCACUCGGAGAAAGACAUUCUGGAACAUCCAGGAUUGAGAGGCACGCCUUUGGCCAUGUUGGCCGCCCAAUGCAGCAAAUUGUCGUCAAAGAGUCCGCCACCGCUGGCGGAUGCCGCAGUCGGCAAGGGAUUCCAUCCGUGGAAGAAAUCGGGAGGCGGUAACAACACCAGCGCUUCCAGUACGACGGCGACGGCCACUAGCGGCAACAACACGCUGGCCACCUCUUCCGCCUCGACUGGCGGUCUCAACAACAACAAUAACAACAACAACGGCCAGUUCAACGGCGUUUCUCAGAACGGGCAGUCGGGGCAGAGACAGGCCAGCGCCACGACCACCAACACCAACACUUCGUCCGUCACCAGUUUGGGAGCGGCCACAGCCACCGGAUUGGGCAUGGCCGGCUAUCACCAGAGACCCGGAAUGGGAGCCACAGCCGCCGGAUCGUACGGCGGCGACCUCUACUUCAGCCAUCCGCACCAAGCGCCGGACAUGUACUCGCGCACUGCCCACCAUCCGUACGAGCAGGCGUGGCAAUUCCAGCAGCACGUCAAACAGGAAGCCGCGGCCGGAGUCAACGGGUCCAGCUGGUGGGACAUGCACCAAGCGGCGGCUGCCGGCGGUUGGCUGGACAUGAGCGGAGCCACGGUCAACAUGCCGUCCGCCCAUCACACGGCGUCCGCCAUGCACGCAGCCGCAGCCGCUGCGGCCGCUUCUGCCGCCUACUCGGCCAGCGACUACUCGGCCUCUUUGGCCGCUGCCGGCAGCACGGCCCAUUUGCUGACCACCGGCCAACACCUUCUGCAGGACACGUACAAAUCGAUGCAGCAGCAUCACACGUCCGUGACCGCAUCUCCGUUCGGCGUCGGUCUAGGCUCAACCGGACACCAGCCCACCGCCGCUUCGGUUUCCUCUGCUGCCACAUCUGCCCAUCAGGUGCCAUCGCCUCGUUCAUCGCGCCGCUACACGGGACGGGCCACUUGCGACUGCCCCAACUGCCAGGAGGCGGACCGUUUGGGCCCGGCUGGCGCCCAUUUGCGCAAGCGCAACAUCCACAGUUGCCACAUCCCCGGAUGCGGCAAAGUCUACGGCAAGACGUCCCACCUGAAGGCCCAUCUGCGCUGGCACACGGGCGAGCGUCCGUUCGUCUGCAAUUGGCUUUUCUGCGGCAAGCGGUUCACCCGCUCCGACGAGCUCCAGCGCCACUUGCGGACCCACACGGGCGAGAAGCGGUUCGCCUGCCCCGUCUGCAACAAGCGGUUCAUGCGCUCCGACCACCUCAGCAAGCACGUCAAAACCCACAGCGCCGGAGGAGGCGGAAGCGGCGGCGGAGGCAACGGAAGCGGAGGAAGCGGCAAGGGAGGAUCCAGCAGUUGCGGAUCCUGUUCAGAGUCGGAGGAAGGAGCCGAUGAUCGCGAUUGCAAUAGCCAGUCGGAGCCGGGCAAUCCGGGAAGCGUCAGCUCGCCGGGCGCCAACUCAUCCGUCAACAGUCCCACUCCGAUUCAACAGCAGCAACAACAACAGCAGCAACAACAACAGCAGCAGCAACAGCAACAGCAGCAGCAACAACAGCAGCAACAGCAGCAGCAACACUUGCAUCACGCCCACCACUUGCCGAUCGUCGGUCACCAUCCGCACCAUCCGCACCAUCACCACCACAACAUGAUGAUGUUGCAACACCACACGGACAUGCACCACCACCACCAGCAGGUCAUGCACUCGCUCCAUCAUCCGGUCCACCACCACAUGGGCAUUGGCGGCCACCAUCACGCCGGACACCACCACCACCUUGGCGUUGUCGACGCCGUUGGCGAUCACAUCAAAUCAGGCCAUUAAUCAAAAAAUGUGGCGCCGCGCCAAAUUUCGAAUUGAAUUUUUUUUUCUUAAAUCAUUAAAAAGAGAAUUAAAUUACUAGAGUUGACGAACCAAGUGAAAAGCUAAAGCUGCUCCCUUAAAAAAAAAAGAAAGAAAAUCCCGCGCCCGCAUUUUAUCGUAAUAUUUUUUUCCCCACCUUUUCCCGAUUCCCUUUCAAUGUGAAUAUGAAAUUCUUUUCUGUUUUUUUUUUUUUUCUUUGCCGUAUUAUACAUAUAAUCUAAAGAACUGGGCGGUUUUAUCUGUGCGGGCGCCAAAGGAAAAUUUUUUUAAAUCGCCCCACUUUUGACUCUCUACAAUCGGCAAACUUUGUGAAGGUUUGCAACUGGCUGGAUAAUAACUAUAUAUAUAUCUCUUAUUAUAUACUCUGAGUGUGUGAUGUCUGCUUUUCGAAAACAAUUCGUAAUUUGUGCGUGUGUCUCUGUACGGACUCACUUUUCAUUUUUAUUUUUAAUCGUCCGUGUCGAUCAGUUUUUUUCGGUUUGCGCUUUUUCUUAAUUUUUUUUCUUUUCUACUGGCCGGACACUGAGCGAUCGGAUUCACGACCGCGACAUAAAAAAAAAACAAAUUGACAAAAAUCUUUAAAAAAAAAUUAUACCCGACGUGACAGUGACAAAUGAAUCAGCCUAUUAUUAUUAUUACUGUAUACAUUAUAUUUUGUUCAUGGUAGAUGCGAUGAUGACAGUUGGACGAGUAAUAGUCCAAUUUCUCCGAUCGUCGACAAUGGCCCUCCCAGCAGCGUAUUGUGUAAAAUAUACUCCUGUAGUGAGCGAGUGUGUGUGCGUACGUGUGUGUGCUGUGUGUGUGUGUCUGAUGAGAAAUGAUUGAUGAUGUGAUGUCAAACAUGAAACGAUUUCCUCUUUAAUUUGUUUCUUUCAUUUUCUCGACCAUUAUCUCUAAUAUUUCUCUCCCCUUACCCAUUUCUGUACAGUCCGAGGCCGCGCCUACAUUUUUCGCGAAGCUGAUUUUUCAUUUUGUCAAAGUGUCAAUUUCCCCAUUGUAAGUUUUUUGUUUGUUUUUCUUUUCCUAUAUUCUUAUUUCUUCACGGCAGUGAUGGACAUCAAACCACAACUGACGAAAUGCGAUGACUCUCCCAGUGUUCGGCCGCCUCCUGAUUUCAAUUCAGCUGCUCCUAUUUCAAUUUUUUACUAUCCCGAGACUAAAAAUUAAAACAACAACAUCCUCCUCAACUGUUAUUUUUUUUUUCAUAUGCACCGACAGGUUGCCCCCCCCCCCUUCUUCCUUUUUGGACAUGAUAUUUUAGGCCGUCACACCAUCGUCAUGUUAUUAUUAUUGUACCUAUAUUGCAUCACCCGCCUCCUCAUUACACCCACUACACAUCUGUGCCCUUUUGACUGCCCUGAUCUACCCCCAAAUUGUGACUCCUCUUUCGCUCUCUCUCUCUCUCUUUUCCCACUGUUCUGAUUAUAAAAGUACAUACACACAUAUGAUGAUUCUUUAAAUAUUAUAUCGAUCAACUGAG